AUGGGUUCCCGGAAAUCCGUUUUUGUUAGCGAAUAUUGUUACAUGAUGCCUCCUAAGGACACAAAACAAUAUUGUUAUCGAACUUCACCUCCGGAUAUAUUUAGCAACCUUCCUGAGAAUGUAAUUGACGAAAUUCUUAUAUGUUUGCCUUUUAAAGAUGCUGUGAGGACAAGCGUCUUGUCAAAGAAAUGGAAGUAUAACUGGUGCAGACUUCCAGAGUUGACGCUUGAUAGAACUAUUUGGACAAGUAAAAAGGAUUUUUCACUAUUUAGUACUAGUGAAAUUACCUAUAUUAUCUACCAUAUUUUGAUACUUCAUGACGGACCAAUUACAAAGUAUAUCCUCGAUGUUCCUCGUACAAGAAGUUGUCCUAAGAUUGAUGGCUUGAUAUAUUUCCUCUCUAUGAAUGGCAUUCAACAUCUCGUUCUUAAACUUCCAUUAUGUGGCCUUAACAAAUUGCCUUCUUCACUUUUCACAUGUUUUCAAUUGAGGCAUCUGACUCUGGAAAACUGUUUGAUACAUCCUCCACCAGCAUUCGAUGGAUUUGAUAGGUUAAUUAGCUUAGAACUACAUGAUGUCACAAUAUCGUCGAAAUUUCUUGAAAGUUUAAUCUAUCAUUGCCCGUUGCUCGAGCGAUUGGUGCUACGAAUCCCACAACAUUUGAACGUUGUUGAAAUUAAAGCUCCCAAGUUGAGAUCCUUUAAGUUCACAGGCAGUAUACAGUUUAUUACUUUAAAAGAUGUCCCUCUUCUUGCAAAACUUUCACUUGUAGAUACAGGAUUUGUCAGGGCUGAUAACUUUGAUAUUGCCAUGUUUUUUGAGUCUUUUAUUUCUCUUGAGCUUCUCCACUUGGAUAACGAUAGUAUCAAGUUCUUUGCUCGAGCAGGUGAAGUUGUACCAAAAAGGCUUCCCUUUGAUCUUAAUUGUGUCAAACGUCUUUACCUAUCUGAGAUUUCUCUGAAUGGAUUCAAGGUCAUCUCAUUUGCUCUUUGCUUGAUUAGAAGCUUCCCAUGUUUGCAAUAUCUGGAAAUUCAGGUGGAUGAAGAAGACGAUGAUGAUUAUAUUCGGCCAACUCUGAUAUGUCUUGAAGUGGAAGCUUUCUCAGAUAUGACAUUGAAUCACCUCAAGACAGUUAAGCUAAGAAAAAUAUCAGGAACAAGGCCUGAAAUGCAACUGAUCAAGCUUCUAUUGGCUAAGUCUCCAGCGCUGGUCACAAUG